CUAAAGUGAAGCCUUUCCCACUAUUUUGCUACUCGUCUUUGAACAUGUUCAUUCAAAAAUGUCCUGGCAUAAAAAAUGCCUUGGGGUAUAAAUUACAUUCAAGCGCUUGAUUUCAAAACCUCCAAUCAGGAUCAUAAAUCCCUGUACCGUGUACCUGGCGCUUGUGCGGGGCGGUUCUAGCCAAUGACUGGAUGGGAAAUCGUGACAGACAAAGACCAGCAGCGAAUGAAAGGGCAGUCGCAGUGGUUAACGGGUUUAAUGCAUUCUGCAAGAUCUCUCCGCAUGGUGUUUUGCUCAAUUUGCUGGAGUGGGCUACUGUUAUCUGCGACCCUGUGCAGCGCUGCAUUGAACGAUGGAUGCGUGUAAUAAAGAGAUGGUAGAUAGCGUUAUGGACAGCUCGGAGGAAUCUGUAAACAGUGAUGAAGAACAAGACAAGACCAAAGAAUGGGAUGAUUUUUCUGACAAGGACAGUGUGGCUUCCAGCGACUCUGCAGAAGAGGAGAUGUCCAUCGACGAUGGUCUCGAAACCCUUCUGGAUGAGUUUACAGAUGCCUCUGGUGAUGAUGACUGGAAUCCAGAGGUCACUCCACAAAAGAAGAAGAGAUCCGGACUGUCUUCCGUAUCACCAUCCCCAGCUAAGUCUAGCCGAUCCGGAACACCUUCCUCUGUGCAAAGUGGCAAAAGCAAAGGUAGGAAAAGCAGUGUGAGUCGAUCCCUACCUUUUUCCUUGAGCAUCUUAGAACAGAAGUGGAAAAGUGCAGAUGAGCCUGAUGUUGAGCCGACACAGCCAAUAUUCAGACCUAAACAAAAACCCGGCCCACGGUUGGUCUCCACUGCAACAUGCAGUCCUCGGCAGUAUUUUGAGUUGUUCUUUUCAAAAACAGUCAUGCGGACAAUUUUAGCAAACUCAAAUGCAUAUGGAGCCAUGCGCCAGGAAGGCUCGAAGAAGCAAUGGGAGGACAUUUCACUUGAAGAUCUGAGGUCGUUCAUAGCACUGGUGAUUUACAUGGGUUUGCUGAAAUGCUUCAAACUGACAGACUAUUGGAGGAGGUCUAAGAUAUAUAAUCUUCCCUAUCCAACUCAGAUCAUGUCUGGCAGGAAGUUUAUGACCAUCAGUAAAGCUCUUCAUCUUAGUGAUCCCAAAGUGGAUGCAGAGAAUGACAAGAAGAGAGGAACACCUGAAUACGACCGCCUGUGUAAGAUCAAACCGCUGUACCAGGACAUGAGGGACGCCUGCAAAGCCUCUUUCCAUCCCUCUCAGAACAUCUCCAUUGAUGAACGAAUGGUGGCAUCGAAGGCUAAAAAUGGACUCAAACAGUACAUGAAAAACAAACCUACAAAAUGGGGGUACAAACUUUUUGUUUUGGCAGAUUCCCUCUGUGGCUACACUUGGGACUUCUUCAUCUAUGAAGGAAAGAUCUGUGCAGAGAAGAGCAAAGGCAUUAGUUAUGACUCUGUCAUGAGUCUAGCAAAUGAAAAGUUGUUGGGAAGCGGCUACAAGCUGUUUGUUGACAACUUUUACACCAGUCCCAAGCUCUUCAGAGACCUGCUGCAAAAAAAGAUCUGGGCUUGUGGCACCGUUCGCGCAAACCGGAUUGGCCACUUAAAGACAGUGGCUCCUCGUGGCAAUAUUCGCUGGUUUAGGGAAGACGAUCUGCUGUUUGUUGAGUGGAAGGACAGGAGGGACGUGCUGAUGUGCUCAACCUUUCAUAAAGCCUUUAAUGGGGACUCCAUUAAGAGGAACGUGAAAGGAACCGAUGGAGUUUGGGCCAUUCAGGAUUUCCCCGUUCCAGGCGCAGUGCUGGAUUACAACAAGCACAUGGGAGGAGUGGAUCUGUCUGACGCACUGAUUUCAUUUUACACAGUUUUACAUAAAACAAGAAGGUGGUAUCGGUCCUUUUUUUACCACUUUGUGGACAUCGCUGUGGUCAAUUCCUUCAUUUUGCACCAGCAGAUGGCCAAGAUGAAUAACCAGAAGCCUCUGACUCAAAAAGCCUUCCGGGAGGCACUUGUUGAAGAGCUUGGAGGAACAGCACCUGUUCCCGCCCCCAGACAUAUACCCCCCACUCUUACCCCUUACUCCCAUUUGCCCAAGUACAUCAGUGGAGAUAGCAGCAUUGGAAGACGAAAAUGCAGAAUUUGCUGCUACAAAACUCCAGUCAUGUGUGUGACUUGUGAUGUGCCACUGUGCUUUGUUCCCAAGCGUGACUGUUUCACCAGCUGGCAUUGCCCAGAUAGCAGCAGUGAGAAUGAGACAGAGUGAACGCCUAAGUCCUAGGAUUUUGAGUCUAGUGUGCACUAGGAUCAAACACAAGAAAAACAAUACACAGAAUUGGAGAAUGAAAUUAGUAAUGUACGAUGGCCAAGUGGUGCAUAACACAACGCAAUUAAUAAAGCAAACAUAAGCUCUCAACACAACAAAAUUAAGAUACAACACCACAGAAAUGCUCCCAUACACUAGGGGGCAGUUGGCCUGCAGAAAUGGGCAAUUGGUGCUAGAGCAGAGCUUGAGUGACCAAAUCAUAGACUGUAUAAAAACAUGGACAUAGUGUCCAUGACAUCACCGUAGGUUUCCGAAGUCCGUUUUUUUUAAGACUAAAGUAGGCGGAGCGAACCGUUGCCAUCUUGGCAGUUCGCCACCGUGUGUCACUCCUGGAUAAUCGAAAAUGGGCAAAAAGGUAGGAGCUGGUUGCUGAAGCCACGCCCACCUAGCUCUACUGAAGUGUCAGCAGCAGCAAUCCACCUGUCACUCAAGUGGCCACGCCCUUAAUUAUGCAUAAAACUUUGAGGCUUAAUAUAAUUUAAACGGAUGAGUUAUAAAAAAUGUUUACCCCCCCUCUCAGUUGUCAUGAAAGAUAAAAUUAGCUUUAUAGACCAAAAUAAUUUUUCGAACCAAGCUGUAAAGUUUUUUUUUUUUUUCUUUUUCUGUAAAGUUGGGCAUUUUAAAGGGGUCGUAUGCUGGUUUUAUAGAUCAUUAUUUGGUGCACCAGAAUAUGUUGACAUGCUUUAAUUAAAAAAUAAAAAACAUUAUUUUUCAAAUACUGUACAUUAUUGUAGGUCCUCAAUUCCCUGCCUCUCAAACGCGUCAUUUUCUACAAAGUCCCUCCGUCUGACAAGCGCAGUAUGCUCUGAUUGGCCAACUGACCCAGUUUGCAGUACGCGAUGGGCAAAACUCUGCAUUUAAACAUUCAAUAUAAAAUACUUUAAUAACAAAACAUACUUCCAGUAGCUGAUGCAGAAGCGCCAGAUUGUCGUAGCAAAAUCAGAAUUACCUCCUCUGCAAGGCUAACUGUGUUACUGAAACCGCGCCUUCUUUUCUGUGGAUACAUUUGGGCGGCAUUGCAUGAAUAUUUCCACAUAGUGACAUAGACAUGUUUGAACAAGCCAUUUCAGGGGGACGUGGCAGAGUCUCUUAUAAAGAAUAUCUCUUUGGAUUUGAGUCUUUAGUCUUUGCAACUUUACAGAUCUUCUUUAUGGACCAAGAGCUUGUAACACUCCAAAGAGAAAUGUUGACUCCCUUUUGCAGCCAGUUGACGAUUUACUGUUUAAGUCACUUCUGUGUGGUCUUUACGAGAGAGAGAGCGGGAGGUUGACGCUUGGUCCAAAUCGAAAAUAAUAUUGAUUUAUUUACUGCUCAAUUCAUCAAUAUAUUAAGAUUACCAGGAUAUCAAAACAUUCAGUUAAAACGUUGUUCAUUUAAAAAUCAAUUAGGGAGCGUUUCCAUUGUGUUGUGGCUUAAUUGCGUUGUGUUGUAAGCUCAUGUUUGCUUUUUUUAAUUGCGUUGUAUUGUGAGUUUGUGUUUUGUUUUUGUUUUUUGUUUUAUUGUGUUGCGAGCUCAUGUUUUUUUUUUAAAUUGCGUUGUGUUGUGCACUGCUGGGCCACAAAUGAGAGCAGAAUAACACAAUCGAUCUGCAACAUCAAACACACAGUACAACGCAACUAGCGAAUUGGGAUCUGUUACUACAAAUAUUUCAUAAAAGGGACAAAACAAAAACUACAUUUAUGAGUAGUUAGACUCGAUCUAAUCAAAUACUAAAAUAAUCAGUUAUGAAAUCACUAACAAACCAAGUCAGUUAAAUGAAAUAGGAUAUAGAAUAUUAUUAAUUGUGGUAGAAUUAAUUGUUAAUUUUUUUAUUAUUCUGAUCGCUAUUUGUUAAUGUAUGUAACUGCUUUUCUAAAUGUUUUGAUUUAGUAGCAAUGUCUAACAUUUUUAAUCAAGCCGCUUCCUCUUAAUAGUGUAGCCUAUUUUGUGCAAAAUAUUCCUGAUUUAUUCACAAAGUAUUAACCCUUUAAUCUACUAAUUGUUCUUUGAUAAAUGAACGGUAGGCAAAGUUAGUGAGUCCAAAUUAGAAGAGAUGUUCAUCGAUGGACUUGAUCCCCUCCUUAAUCGGUGAGUUUACACACAUUUUACUUAUCUUUAUUAACAAUAAAGAGAGUUAAUGUUCGUUUCCUUUUUUCUGUUUGAUCUUUUCUUGCAUCUUCAUGAUUCAACCAAUCUCAGCCAAUCUUCAGAUGUGUCCAAACACCUGGCUCGCAGUUUUUUGAAUGGCUCUUUUCAAGAUCAGUCCCACAUACUAUAAAGUAUAUGCCCAGAUGUCAGGAAGGAAAGGAGAAGCUGUGUUAUUUUUUAUCUGGAUCUGCUGAGAUGGACUAUUGGAGGAUUACACACAUCUACAGACUUUCUUAUGACCACCUGGUACAAACAUCCAUUUGUUACCUAAUUGUUCUACUUGAUCUUUAAGACUUCUUGCACAGUUAAUCUCUUUUUUUGAAUGAUUUCUUGUUAAUGAAGGUUGCUUGAUUCCUUGAGGGUAAGUGGAAUGCUGUAAUUGAUCUCUCUUUGGUAAUGCAGAAGCUGAUGUCCAUGUUUACUGACUUGUCAUGCUUGUUGCCACAAGCUAAAUUUGAGUUUGCUAAAGGCGCUUGAUGCAUGAUUUUUACCCAAUAGCAGUGGUUUGGCAUUUAUCGCUUGUUUGUCUGCCAAUUUAUUGCUUGUACAAUACAGUAGUUCCUGUGUUUAAAUAUCUUUUUUUCUUUUAUUAAUGUGCUACCAAUUAGUGGUUGUAUCUAGCUGUGCAAACUAACACAUUUAUUAACACUUUAGGCAUAACAUAAUAAACUUGUUGGAAAAAAUGACAUUAAAUAAAUGAAAAAUUAAAAGUU